AUGCGUACAUGGGAUGCGGUUGGGGCUCCUGGGGCGAUUUCUCAGAGACUAACCAAGGAAGGAGUAGUUGCCGACCGACCGGGGCUGCGGGUGAAGUCAGUACCUUUACCGGACCUCUGUGGCGUACUACGGGUAAACGUUAGUCCACGGAACCUCGGUUCCCUGGCGAAGGUCCCAGGAAACCACAUGUCCAACGUGGGAGAACCGCUCCCUGCAGCUGACUGGAGCCAAUCUGGGAGUCAAACCUGGUGCCCUGGGCGCAUGCGUGGAGGAUUACCUGGUCAGUAUUUUCUCAUACCCGAUGUCCGGCAGAAGGUGAAACAAGGAGAGGUGCAAGAGCACCUGGAUAGCAAGGGCUCGCGGGGGCACGCGAGGGGCAGGGACGCGCGCGCGCGAGGACAGACACUUGUGCGGGGCAUUAGCUGGCCCCCUCUCGAAAACACGGAGCCGGGGGGUACGCCAGGGCAUUCACUUGCACCCAACGUUUUGGCGGAGACUGCGGGGGGAAUCAACACACCGCCACAGGUGGUGCCCGAGGAGACACCCACGCGGCACCAGCAGCAGCAGCAGGGGAAUAAACGAAAGGGGGACGAGCUAACGCCGCCCGAGAACGCUGCACUCUCGGACGGGGAGCUCUUCCUCCCGCGCAGACUCGAGGUAGAAGAGAAAGAGAAACCGCGGCAUCAAACUGUGACUACCGCGGGGGAGGGGAAGGGAACGGCCAGCCCCUCAGGCGAGGAGGAGGCAGCACAGACGCUUCUGGGAGCUCGCCAGAAGCGCCAGAAGAGGUGCACAGCUAUCGUCAAGGGAACUUACCUGGAAGACGACUCCGAAGCAGGGGAGUCUGGGUCAGAGUGGAGCGCGCAGGGCUCGAACCGGCGGCCAACAAAGAACCCUUCAGAGGGGAAAAGGAAGGUCAGAGCCGGGGCUAGGUCUCCAAAGAAAAUCCCGCAGGGGGCAGGCCCUGUGGAAUACAGGCUCAUGACAGCAUCGGACCUUGGGGCACAACUAAUGGAGUGGCUCGAGGAUAUAGACGCCGUAAGGAUGAGGUGCAAAUCCAUGCAGGGCAGGCUGAGUGGCGAAAUAAAGAGAAAGGUGGGUUUGGCAAAGGAGGCCCUACUUACACUCACCGUGAAAGCGGAGGCAGCGGGUGACCCCGCUCUCCUCCAGGCGCGCAACACGGACCUAGAGGCUCAGUUGCGUGAUACCCGUAGGGAAAGGGACGAGCUCCAACGGGAACUCGAGAAAAAUCGACAAGGCCGAGAGAGGGCUCAGACGGAAAUAGCGAACCGGGCGACAAGCUCAUACGCACAGGUUGCCAGCAGGGGCCCUGUGGCGAGAGCCGGCGAGCGACGGUCGGAAGCCGCCCAAACGACGAUGGUGCUUGACCUGGGAGCGGCCACUAGGAGGAGCGAGGUGGAGGCCAAUGAGGGGCCGACGACGGCCACAUCAGCGGGUGCUUCGGAGUUCGAACUUCGCUUAACGGGAUCCGAGCUUCGACUCAUUCCGGACAGUGACAGGGUCAGGGACGAGGAGAUGGCCAGACAGUCCGCGGCCCUGAAACAGGUACGAGAGGAGGUGGGUAGGAUAUCCCUCCUGCUCCUCGAUGCCUCGAGCAAGAGCGGAGCAGCUGACCAAGACCCUCUUGGUAAGGGUACGGCACAACCUCGCGGCACGCAGGCCACCACGGAGAAGGUGCAGAGGUCCUCGGGUGACCGGGGUGCGACCGACACUCCGAUGGAAGUCGAUGACGGCGCCGAUGCAGAGAACGGUAGGGGUGGCUGGAGUACGAAGAGGAAGAGAAAAGGAAAGCGCCUUGGGGUGGGAGUGCCGAGUGGGGCAGCAGUGGAAGCCACACAGACUGCCCCAACAGGGGCCCUGCGGCGUACCGGGGAGGACAGACCCACGGUGGCUCGCCGUAGAGCACCGAGGACAGCAGCCGUUGCUAUCAAAAGCAGAGAGGAGAACACCCCGUAUGCGGAAAUACUCAAGUUCGCACGCGAGAAAAUACAACUCGCGGAGCUUGGUAUAGAGGAGACGAGGAUGCGGCGGGCAGCUAACGGGGGGGUUCUCAUUGAGAUUCCUGGCCCCGAGAAUACGAGGAAGGCGGACGCUCUAGCGGCGCAGCUGACCAGAGUAAUCCUUGAUAAAUACGGCAACGCAGUCUCAGUGACAAGGCCGGUUAUCAAGGGCGAACUGAGAGUCCUGGGCUUGGAUGACUCAGUGUCCACCGAGGAACUGGCUCGCACCCUAGCCGAGCAGGGUGGCUGUAAGGUGGAGGAGGUCCGUGUAGGUGUCCCGAGGAGGACACCGAAUGGACUAUACAGCGCGUGGGCACAGUGCCCCCUGAGGGCAGCUGUGGCUGUCGCGAAGAAGGGCAAGGUGAGGAUCGGCUGGACCACGGCCAGGGUAGAGCUGCUGGAGGCGCGCCCUAGGCAAUGCUACAAGUGCUGGGGCUUUGGCCAUAUAGGGAGUAUGUGCAAGGCGUCGACAGAGCGCCGGGCCGCGUGCUACAGGUGCAGCGCUGAGGGCCACCAGGCGCGAGAUUGCACGGCCAACCCCAAGUGCGCGGUCUGCGAGGGAAGAGGGAUAGACAGCGCCCACAGGAUGGGUUCGGGACGUUGUACAUCCGUCGGCGAACGGGGUCGGAGGCCCGCGACUAAUGCAAGCGAGAAUGGCCAGCAAGUAGUGCUCGAAAGGGAAAUCGACGUGUGCCUCGUAUCCGAGCCGUACGCUACCCCGAGCGUGGCCACUUGGCUUAGCAGUGACGAUGGCCGGGCGGCCAUAUACUGGAGGGCAGAGGGUAACGUCCGCGGGGGCUCGCUCGUCAAAAGGGGAAGAGGGUACGUGGCCGCUAAGUUCGGGGAUAUAAUUGCCAUAUCGGUGUAUAUAUCCCCGAACAUUCUGAUAGCGGAGUUCACUGAGCAUCUGGACGACCUGGCUCGGGUGAUCCAGAUAGCGGGGAACAGUGGGAGGGGGGUACUGGUGGGGGGGGAUUUCAAUGCCCGCUCGCCGACCUGGGACCCAUCUGGGUCCAACCGAAGGGGAGAGCUGCUCGAGGAGUGGGCGGCAUCAUGCUGUGUACGUCUCCACAACGCUGGGAGGACGGCGACAUGCAUUAGGGCACAGGGGUCAUCCGUCGUCGACCUGACGUGGUCGUCAGUUAAUCUUGUACCCGUGAUCAAGGGGUGGCGGGUGUUGGAGGAGACGGAAACACUAUCCGACCACCGGUACAUUUCGUACGAGGUCGGUACCCCUAGACGCGCAGAGCACAGGGGUAGAAAGGGCCACAUGCGCUGGAACUGGUCGAAGUUCAGUCCGGAACAUCUGGCAGAUGCUCUGUCCCUCACCCUUUCCUGGGGACCAACUGGAGGGGACUAUACGACGCCAGAGGGCCUUGCAGGAUGGAUCGAGCGUGCCAUGACGCAGGCCUGCGACGCAGCCGCGCCGAGAGCUCGUACGGGGAAUCGCUCCAGGAAAGCGACAUACUGGUGGAGCGAGGAGCUGGCCGAUAUACGCAGGUCCUGCAUAGCGGCGAGGAGGCGCCUCGCUAGGGGAAGACGAACGGCUGAUGACCGUCAGGAAAAAGAGGCCGAAUAUCGGGCCGCCAAGAGGGUGCUCCGAGACGGCAUAAAAGCGGCCAAGGCCAAGGCGUGGAGAGACCUCAUCAGCUCCGUGGAAGCGGAUCCAUGGGGUCUCUCUUACAAAUUGGUGCUGGGCAAACUGCGAACCUCCCAAAGAGGGUUGACGGAGACGCUGGAGGAGAAUACCCUCAGGAGCCUCCUUGAUGCCCUCUUCCCGAGGGGUGAUGGAUGCGUUCCGAGGGCCCAGAGCGGCUGUCGGUGGGACGAACGGUGGGCGGUCACGGCGGACGAGGUUCGAGCUGCGCUUAAAAAGGCAUGCUCGCGCAAUGUCGCCCCGGGACCGGAUGGCGUUAAGGGAAGCGCGUGGGCGAAAGUUCCGGAGGGAAUGAUCGCACUACUGUCGAGGAAUUUCAGCCUCUGCCUGCGAGAAGGAGUCGUUCCGCUGCCAUGGAAGAAGGCUCGACUGGUGCUCAUCCCUAAGGGGGGAGCACCCACCGGACCUAUCCCCAAAGUAAGGCCGAUAUGCCUCCUGAACGAGGUGGGUAAAAUGUUCGAGAGGAUCCUGGUGGCUCGGCUGGGCAAAUGGAUGGAGGGGAAUCCUCGGGCGUGCUUGUCCGAGGACCAGUACGGGUUUCGGGAAGGGCGAUCCACGAACGAUGCUCUGCUAAGGGUGCGACGAUUCGUGGAAAACGCCACGGAGAAUGGGGGCUACGCGGUGGCUGUGUCUCUUGACAUCGCCAACGCAUUCAAUAGUUUGCCAUGGCCAUCCAUAAGGGACGCACUUAAGGACAAAGCGGCUCCGGAGUAUCUUCGACGGGUCCUGGAUUCCUACCUGUGGGACAGGCACGUGGAAUACACAAACGGAGAUGGAGAACUGAAGAGUCUGGCAGUGACGGCCGGGGUCCCACAGGGCUCGGUUCUCGGCCCCCUGCUAUGGAACUUGACUUUCGACGAGGUUCUGCGGGGGGAGGGGGUUGCAGACUGUGCUAUUGUCUGCUACGCGGAUGACACGCUGGUUUUGAGUUCCGCUGGGGAUCCAUCCACAGCGGUAGCACUGGCAAAUGCGAUGGUAGCCAGGGUAGUCCGGCGAAUUUCGGGCCUAGGCCUCACGGUGGCGGCGAGCAAGACGGAAGCUGUCUUAUUCCGGCGCUUGAAUAGGGGGGAUGCACCAAACACCCCAGACGUCAGAGUUGGUGCGGAGAGGGUGCUACUGUCGGGGUCCAUGAAGUACCUGGGGGUGCGACUGGAUCCCGGCCUGACGUUCAAAGCGCACUUCGCGUCCAUGGAGACUAGGCUAGGGGGUGUCACGAGGACACUAGCGAGGCUGAUGCCAAACCUGAGGGGGCCAUCCGAAUCCAGGCGUAGGCUUUAUGCGCAAACUUUAUUCGCGGUGAUAAUGUACGGCGCUCCGGUGUGGGGGGAUGUGGCGAGGUCCUCAAAGUACAUCCAGCAGGUAAUAACGAGGUGUCAGAGAGGGAUAUGCGCGAGAGUAGUUGCGGCAUAUCGCACGGCCUCCUUCGUGGCCGUUUCGAUGUUGGCCAGGACCCCGCCACUAUACCUAGUGGCUAAUGCGUACGAGCGCACAUUCCACAGAGUGCGUGAACUGCGGUCGACCAGGACGUGGUCCCAGAGCAUGGCCAAAGCGAUUAGGGAAGAGGAACUGCGCGUAGCCCGCGAGCAAUGGAGGGUGGACCUCGGAAGUGCGGGGCUCCCCAGCGAGAGGUUGAGGUUGGCUAUCCUAGCGAACUGGACGGGAUGGUUCGACAGGGCACACGGGAGCAUGACUUUCCGUGUGACCCAAGUCUUGACAGGCCACGGGUACUUCGCGGAUUUCUUAUAUAGAAUAGGGAAGACGGAGAGGCCGACCUGCUGGUACUGCCGGCUGGAGGAAGACACGGUGAGCCACACGGUGGAGGCGUGUCCCGCGUGGAGAGACGAGAGGAAUGCCCUAAAGCGCGCCGUAGGUGAGGAUCUGACACCGCCUGGCCUGAUCAGGGCUAUGGUAGGGUCGAGAGAGGGAUGGGUGGCGGUGGCUAGCUUCGCGGAACGGGUCAUGACGGCCAAGGAACAGCGGGAGCGGCUACGACAGCGAACGCGGCGCAGCGUGCACCGCGCGACCCGCUUGAGCGGGAGAAAUGGGGGUGGUUCGCGUGUAAGCGUGGGCAUGACGUAG